AUUUAGCACCAGCAAUCAAAAUUCAAAUCCCUCAACGGUCAUAUUUUUCAACUUACGGCAACGUCUCUUUUUUCUCCAUGUAUAUAUAUACACGCGUGGGCAUUGCUUCUCUCUCCGUGCCACACCGAAAAAUCUCCCUGCUCUACAGCACCAAAAUCUCUCUCUCCCUCUCUCUAAGAAACAACGAUUUUCCAACUCUCCAGCACCAUGGAUUUCAACAGCCUUCCAAGGAAAGAUCUCCAGAUCCUCUGCAAGAAGAACAACAUCCGGGCAAACAUGACCAAUGCCGCCAUGGCUGACGCGCUCCAAGCUCUCGACACGAUCGAAGGAAUUGAAGAUAUUCAACAGCCGACCAUGCCCGAAACUGCGCCUGUUCUUCCCGAAUCUCCCAAAAGAACAGCUGUAAGAUCGACGGAUCCUCCGCGUACCUGUGGCAGAACAUCAAAUCGGAGAAAACCCAUUAAAGAUUUGGCCAAUCCAAUUGAAGAUGGACUGAAAUAUCCGGCAGAGAGCCCGAUGCCGUCUGCUCCACGGACUCUCCGAGGAGCGGCUGCGAAGGCUUCGACAGCACGGAGAAGAACAGGGAAAGAAGAUCAAGAAAAAGAGGAGCAUGUCGAUUUGCCGGAGAUACUGGCGGAAAAUAACAGAUCGGAAAUGCCCAAAACGCCCACGACAGGCAACGGCCGGAAAAGGGCAACGGCUGCCACUUCGGUUCGGUGGGACAACGAAACCCACAUCAAGGAAGAAAAGGAGAAUGAAAAUCGGACAGCUGUUGGUUUACGAACUUACAGCACGAGACGGUCUUCAAGGUUGUCUGAGAAGAAGAUGCAAGAAGAAGCCCCAUCGACUCGGAAGAGCAGAGGAAGGAAAGCAGCCGUCAAGAUCGCAUCGUUAUCGGUAGAAUCUGAUGAUUCUGAGAAGGAAUCGAAAGAGGGUUUUGAGAAAUCUGAUGUUCAAGAGGAUGAGCAAGGAGCAUCAAUCAAUCAUGGCAGCGAGGAUCGUGAUCAAGAUCUGGCUUUGGAAGAUGCUGCCACUGUUAUUCCUGUGCAAGAUGUUUCCGGUGGAAAUCGAGUCGGUGUUCUUGAUUCUUCUCCUCGGACGGAAUCCUCAGAAAGUGAAAAAUUCGUCGAAGAAGUUUUAGAACUGAAAAAUGAAGAAUCUGAUGCACAUCCAACUGAAUCAUUUGCUGCGGAGGAUGAUGCGCCUGCUGUUAUUUCGGUGGAAGAAGCUUCCAGUGACAAUCACGUUGCUGUUCCGGAAUCUUCUCUUCCAACGGAAUCCUGCAAUCUGGAAAGUGAGAAAUUCAUUGAAGAAGAUGUAGAACUGAGAGAAAAAGCAAUUGAAAGUGAAAACUCUGAUGAAGAUCCAACUGAAUCAUCCGACACAGAGGAUGAUGUGGCCGCACCCGAUGGCAAUCAAGCAGCUGUUCUGGAAUUUUCUUCUCCAACUGAAUCCUGCAAUCUGGAAAGCGAGAAAUUCAUUGAAGAUGUAGAACUGAGAGAAAAAGCAAUUGAAAGUGAACAUCCAACUGAAUCAUCCGACGCAGAGGAUGAUGUGGCCGCACCCGAUGGCAAUCAAGCAGCUGUUCUGGAAUUUUCUUCUCCAACAGAAUCCUGCAAUCUGGAAAGCGAAAAAUGCGAUCCAGAUCCUUCGAUGGAUUCAUCUGUUGUGGAGAAUCAGAUGCUGGAGCGUGAAGAAAGCGAUGUAGAUGCAGAUCGAGAUUGGUGUCUGAAAGAUGCGACCAAUGAGGUCCCUGGAGACGCCGAUCUGGAAUCUUUGGCUUCACAUCUCGUGGAGAAUCAGGUCGUUCAGUUCCCUGGAGAUGUCGAUCUGGAAUCUUUGGUUUCACUUCUCGUGGAGAAUCUAACGCUGGAGUCUGGAAAAUGCAAUCCAGAUUCAGAUGCUUCCAGUGAAAAUUCCACUGGAAACAUCACUGAAAAUCAGGUUUCAGAGUCUGAAAUUUGUGAUGCAGUUGAGGAUAUGGGUUUGAAAUCUUCUUCUGAUACAGAGAUUUUCGUGGAAGAUAAUAACGAAUCUGGCAAUGGUAUGACAGAUCCCUCAUUGCCAUCAGAAAAUCUGAAUCUGGAGUAUGAGAAUUGCGAUCCAGAUGCUGAUUCAGGUCUUGAUCUGGGUGUGGAAAAUGCCAAGGACUUCUUUCAGGAUGAUUUUCCUCCCAAGAAUCCGAUUGAAGGCAACAAUUCCGGCACAGAAACGAUGGCUGCUGAUCAGAUUCUGAACUCUGAAAUUUUCAAUGGGAACACCGAUCAAGAUACCAAACUAAAGAGCAUUAUCAUCUCCGCAGUAGAAAAUCUAGUGGUUGAAGGUCCGGAAAAUCCAAAACACGGUUCUGAUGCUAUACCAUAUCCGCAUGAGAAUCCCAAUAUGCCGGCUACUGAGAUUGACGGAGAGCUUCCGACCAGUGAUCAUGCUGUGAGUCAGACUCCGAUGACUUUGAGGUCUAACAGAGCUGAUGCAUCAGAUUCCGGCAAAAUGUCGGGAAAUAAGAGCAAGUCUCUGAGGCUGUCGAAUAAGAAACGGACGCCGAUCACAAGCAAGAUUUUGGAGGAUGCUGACAAGGAGAAUUCUGGGAAAUUGUUGGGUAAUAAGAGCAAUCAGUCUCUGAGGCUGAGCUUGUCGAAUAAGAAAUGGACGCCGAUCAAGGGCAAGGUUUUGGAGAAUGCUGACAAGGAGAAUAACAAUGUGGGCGGGGACAGUGGAAAAAGGAAACCGAAGGAGUUUGGGAGCUUGAGGAAGGUGAUGACUGCUGUGGUUGAAGACGUGAAUAAGGGCGAGGACAGAAGACAGAGAUCAUUAGACAAGAAGAGCUUGAGGCGGCUGAAGAUUAUGUUGAAAGAAAAGAUCAUUGGAAAUGCCAACAAUGAGUUGUUGCAGAAGAGAUCUGCUCUGCAGACGCUGACUGAGAACUGUUUGUUGGGCAAUGGAGACAAUUGAACGGUGAGGCUGAGGAUGAUUUCGCAAGAGAUAUGCUCUGUUUCUUCUCAUUGAAUUUUGGCAUCCUAAGUAGGGGUUGAAACCAUGGUUUCACCCAAGUUGCGUACUUAGACCAACUCUCUUCUGUGUUUAGAGGGUUUUCUUGGUUGAUGGAACUUGUAGAUCAAUCAAAGAUGGCUGGAUGAAUGGUUCUUUCUCUAUUUCUCUUAGAGAGUGUAAGUCUCUUUCACUCAAGUGUUUUUUUUUUUUUUUUUGAAAUAUAAAUGUGUUUGCGUUGGAUUAUAAAAGCAAGGCGAACUGUUCUGGUUUUUUUUUUUUUAACCACAUUUUGAUAUCCAAUAGCUAAGCUUCUUCGUAACA